AUGCUGAAAAAGGACCUAAAGCUCACCGCAGUGGAUAUAUCUAACAACAACAUUUGUGGAUUGACUGGAACCCUUCUGGGGAGAUUCGUUUUGGGGCCCCUCAACGACAAGUACGGCCCACGGAUUACUUUGGUAGGCGUUCUGCUGGCGGGAGCAAUUCCAACUGCCUUUGUUCCUUUGGUUACCAAUGUUGCGGGUUUACAUGCCAUCCGUUUCUUUAUUAGCUUCCUCGGCUCCUCGUUUAUUUGCUGCUCCCAAUUUUGCGCGGUGUUUUUCGAUAACAAUAUCAUAGGAACAGCAAACGCUGUCUCCGCCGGCUGGGGAAAUGCUGGAGGGGGUGUGGCAUUUUUUGUCAUGCCUGCCAUUUCAAACGCACUUGAAAAGAGAGGUUACUCUUUACACCAUUCGUGGAGCUACUCUUUUGUGAUCGGACCCUUCUUGAUUCUGAUGAUGACGGCAAUUUUGAUUUUUGUUUUUGGCAGCGAUUGUCCAAGGGGCAAAUGGUCUCUCCGUGGAGACAUCCUUGGAAUAAACAUGGAUAACACGCUCGUGAAGUCUGUCUCCGUCACCAGAAAUUUCUCCAAGGAGGGAGAGCUCACUUCUGUCUGUGUUGAGCCUGUUAACGCAAUUGAUGAGGUUGUGGUUGAGCCAAACCAGGACAAAGAAAUCUUUGAGGUUGCAGACAUUAUAAAUGAGGACGAAAUUAUCGAAGACCCAACUAUCAAAGACGUGGUCAAGAUUUGUAUUUCCCCACGCACGAUGCUGGUCGGACUUUGCUACAUGUGCUCGUUUGGUACUGAGCUGGCAGUGGAGUCUAUUAUCUCGAACCUAUUUGGUCAGAAGAUGCCAGAGUGGAGCACUUCCAAGGCUGGAGCGUGGGGCUCGAUGCUUGGGCUCCUUAAUGUGGUGACAAGACCUGCUGGAGGCAUAAUUUCCGACUUCCUAUACCAGAGAUUUAAAACUACAAAGGCCAAAAAGUUUUGGAUGAUAUUUACUGGCUUGAUGCAGGGAGUGUUUUUGAUCUGGAUUGGAUUGGUUCCGGAAUUGUCCAUUGCGGGACUCAUAGUCUCCGUUUCGUUCUUGUGCCUCUGGUUUGAGAUGGGCAACGGUGCAAACUACGCUUGUGUUCCGGUCGUGAAUAGACACCAUAGUGGUAUUGUGAGCGGAGUCACGGGAGCAAUGGGUAAUCUUGGAGGCAUUGUGUUUAGUUUAGUGUUCAGGUACACUAUAGCAAAUGGCGUGAACAACUAUUUCAAGGCUUUUUGGAUUAUCGGAAUUGUUUGCACUGUCGUGAAUGCAGCCUGUGUGCUCAUUCCAAUCAGAGAAGAGAGGCCUAGGAAGGUGGAAAUUUGA